CUACUGUUCUCUUCGGCAUGGCCGUAAACUAGGAAGUUCGCCCUCUCUCUGACAUCAUUCCACUAUCAGAGUGGGAUUGAGAACGAAGCAGAUUUUUGCCUCGUCUCUGGAAUAAUUCGGAGUGCCUAUCGGGUUCUUAAUAUACUCCAACCCACCAAGAGCAGAAUUCAUGAGGACACUUGAAGAGCUCAAUCAUCCCAAAAGGCUAGCUCUACUCGCUUUCAGAGCCGCAUCAGUCGUCGAAUCAAGUUAUUGUGCUAUAUAAGGAGCUCCAUGUGCAUCGAAAGGCCAAGUCCAGACCAUCUAGCAUGACUUCAACCACGUCCAAAGAACCAGAGGAACACCCUUCGAAAUCGGUUCGCCGUAAAGUGACCUCUCCUCACUAUGGUUGUGAUCAUUACAAGAGGAAUUGCGAAUUCUACACGCCAUGUUGCCAAAAAACAUAUCGUUGUCGGUUCUGCCAUGAUCAAAUGGAGCAACAUGUUCUCCAACGUGAAGAUGUUCAAGAGUUGGUGUGUUCCACGUGUGCCACCCGACAAGAUGUCCGAAAGGAUUGCCGAUCCUGUGGAGUGAUAUUUGGAAAGUAUUUCUGCUUCGAAUGUAAGCUCUUCGAUGAUGAAGAUAAACAGCAAUUCCAUUGUGAUGGGUGCGGUAUUUGCCGCAUCGGAGGACGCGAGAACUUCUUCCAUUGUCCCACGUGUAAUAUGUGUUUACCCAAACACCUGGAGGGGAAUCACCGGUGCAUCGAAAACCUCUCUCGAGCAAAUUGCCCCAUUUGCCAAGAAGAUAUUCACACCUCCAGGGAACCGAGCCAAAUCCCACCGUGCAAUCAUUUGAUCCACAAGUCUUGCUUCGAUCAACUUGUGCGGUCUGGCCAUUUCUUCUGUCCCGUGUGCGCUCAUAGCUUGGUCGAUAUGCGAGACAUGUGGAAGCUUUAUGAUCAACAAAUCGACGAGACGCCCUUACCAGCCGUGUAUCAGAGUCUAUUUGCGUUGUCUUAUUGCCGAGACUGCCUGAAGACGUCAAGAUCAUCUUUCCACAUCUUGGGGAUCAAAUGCAGCCAUUGUUCAGGCUACAACACAGUCCGAGAGAAAGGUCCUUUGCUCAGAUUAGUGGAGGGCACAUUCAUCGAAGCUAACUUGGUAGAAGAGGUCACAAGAGGCAUGAAUGCCGAAGACGCCCUGAAUAUGGACCUCUCUCCAGUUCAAUCUCGUGCGGACUCGUCCCCAAUUCUAGCCGAUCCUCAAAUGGAGAGAAUUCACAAUGAGCGUUUCCGCAUUCAAGAAACCUCAGCGGAAGAAUGGGACAGUCGCUCUGGAGGAGCAGUGAGUAAUCUGGUAAGCUCCCCUCCGUCAAGUCGUGGGAUUUUGAAUGAUCCUGUGGAGGAUGAAGAGGUUGACAAUGAAGAAGCCAAGUAGAACGUUCCUUGAGAGCUUAGCCAAUUUUUUAUACUGAAGAUCUUUCCGUACCCUCUCUGUUAGCAUAAUGAAACUGAAUGUGUCAUAAGUACGAGUCAUUCUCUAUGGUAUGGUUUUUAAAUCUUAUUCAUGUUUUUCAACCAAAUCGAGUUUUACUUAGUUUGAUGACUGUGAAUAUCAUGCCUGGGUGAUCAUGAUUGAUGAAAUAAACAAAACAAUUGAAACCA